GGCGGGCCGGCGGAGCCGGAGCCGGGUUCGGGUCGCGUGGGGAGCCCCGCACGGCUUCUGCGGGGUGCUGGGAAGGGCUCGCCUGGCGCUUGGGGCCGCCCGGGAGUUUCCUUCGUUUUCCUCGGUCGCCUCGUUAUUCUUGUGGGGCAGCUUGCAGGAUGAGCUGGAGCGGUGCGUUUUGCAGACACAUCUGCUGUGCCUCAGCCCAACCCCAACAGGAGACACAAAAACUGGUGAUGUGGAAGUACAACAAGGCAGUGGACAGGCUUCGGAUGGUGUGGCAUACGGGAAACAGUCUGACCAAAUCUCUGAGGCAAAACCAAAGUGGUCCAUGUCAUCUGACAACAACUUCCGAUUUGAUUUUACACUUCCUGAGACAGAUCCAGAAGCAACUGGUGCACCUUUGGAAGCAGUCCCUGGUGUUGGUGGUGCUGAGCAGAUACAAACCAAUGUGAGAGCCACUGAGCGGGAGAACUGGAGUGGGGCUCUGCGUUUUGUUGCCUCUGGGCAUGAACCCAAAUUUGCCUUCAACUUUGCCAUCCCAGAUGAAGACUGUCCUCCGGUCCCAUUAGUUCCAGCAAGCCAACAUGCAGAGGGUACGGCAGAUCAUGAAGUGCUGGGUAGUGCAUUGCCUACUGAAUCAGCGGAGGUGCUGCAGGUUACAGCCUUGCAGAAGCCUGAGUUGGCUCAAACUGCAGGUAGUCCACCCAAAGAGGACAAAAGCCACCCCACAUUGAAGAUCCCCAAACCAGAGAGUGCUCCUGGAGAUAAAACAGUGAUGGAGAAAUCAACAUCAGAUGGAGCUACACAGAAGAAGAAAAAGAAGAAGAAACAAAAACCUUCUGUCAGUAAAAAGGAGACAGAAGAAACUGAGGUCAUCAGGAAGACGAAGACAGAAGCUAAUGGAUGCCAGAAUAAAGAUGCAUCCCACCAGGAUGAGACUUUGCAGCAGUCAGACGACCAGCUGUGGAAGGAGGUGGACUGGUGUGUGGAGCAACUGGAGCUUGGCCUGAAGACACAGAAAUCCACUCCAAAGCAAGCCGAGGAGGCUCUCCGUGCAAUCAAGACACUGCGCAAUGACAAGGCUCCACUGGUGAAGAAGCGUCAAGUCAUGAGAACCCUUUUUGGAGACUACAGGAAGAAGAUGGAGGAGGAGCGGUGCAAACAGCUGAAGCUCAUGCAAGCAGCUGCAAAAUCUGCCAGGAUCAUGGAAGUGAAUGAAAGCAUCCGCAACAAGAACUGCCAGGUCAUCAGGAAGCGCUCUGGAGUGUGUAGGAAAAGCCAAGAUUCAGCAGGAUCCCCUUCAGAGUCACCCGGGACACUUAAUACUGGCUCAUUCAGAUUCACAACUUCCCAAGAAGAGUUUCGCUUUAAUUUCUUCUAAGAAAGUAUCUUAGAUUAAAACUGUGGGUAGAAAACUGUGCCAGAUCUCCCAUAAACUUGAAAAGGAUGCUGUGCAGUAGAAAAUGUUUUGCAAGAAUCUCUGUAUUUCCUGAGGAAAAGAUUCUCUUUCAGAGUGCCUUUAGACAAAACGGAUCCGCCAACUAUAUGCAUGGACCCCAAGCCUCAAUUCUACACUGCAGUCCUCUAUUCUCACAGUGUAGAAAGGCACCUUUACAAAGGUGCCUCUGGAAGGAAUUGGUUUCCUUCCUGCAGAAUUGACAUUAACCUAAGAACGUCUUUUAUACUGGGAGAUUUUCCCAUUCUCCUGUUGCUUUUGAUUAAAGCAGACCUUUUAUAGCAGAUGAGGAAGCAAUUUGUACAAAAGGGAGUGCUCUGUAAUGAAGAUCCAGCUUCUGUGAGGAAAAAGGAGAAAAGGCAGUGUAAGCGCACUGGAUAUCUGAGUGCUUCCACGUAACACCUGUGUGAAUGCAGCUCCUGGUACUGAGGAAACACAGGGCAGUAUGUAUAGAUAAUCGCUGCCAUCUACAGAGCACAAAAGUUCAGGAUCUUGGAGGAACAUGAGUGAGAAUCAUCCUUGCUCAUUCAUCUGUUUAAUUGACAGGUGUUGACUUAAAAGAGAACUGUAAAUGCUGAUUUAAUCCAGCUUAGGGAUGUUAGGGCAGUUGUUGCCAGACAGGGAAAGAUUUUUGUUUCUGAAAUCAUACUCUUGUCACUUAGGAAGGAUGAACAAUCGGUUCUUUAAAAACAAACAAACAAACAAAAACCCACCAACUUUACUUUGUAAGUAGCCCAGUUACAAACAGCCGUGACUCAGAGGAUAAAUCAGCUGUAUGCUAAACCUUGGGUGGCAGUGAAAUGAACUGUGAGAGCCCAGAGGUUCUCUUGCAUUUGAUUUGUAUUAAAUUUUUGCUUUAUGGACAGUUGAAUGUAUGUCUCCAGUGUCUUGAGACUGCUUCAGCUAAUGAACCGGUCUCCUGUGUUCAUGCAGAAAAUCUUCACCACUCAGCCUAAAAAAGCUGAAGGAACAGAAGUUCUUAAAAAGGAAACAUGGUAUCAGGUGUCCCUAGCGUGCAGUGCUUUCCUUCCUUUUUAUAGUCCAGUCAGUCAUCCUGCAUGAGAAGCAAGACAUAGAAGUGUAGGCAGAUUCCAAGGUGUGCUGAGAGCAACUGAAAGAUGGUGGAAAACAUUUGCUGAGAAACACCUCAAAAAACUGAUGCUGGCUAAAAAAAAUAAAAUCAUUAAACUCUGAUGCA